UUCUUGCCUGUCUGAUCGAAAGGGAGAAGGGGGGUUAGAUGAUGAAGAAGUGAAAGAGGGGGGGGGUCCUAUUUUCUUAAGAGCGGAAAAAGCGUCACAGCGGGUGCAGAGCGCAGCACGGAGGACGGAAGAGAGGGAGACGCAUCACGGUGAGGGGGAGAUAGAGAAGACGGUGGGAGGAGGCGACAGCGGGUCGUAAACACGACAGAAAACGGCGAAUAGGACGGCAGAGAGCGGCGAUCACCCCCCACCGCCAACCCUCCUCAUCUCUCCAUCUCCAUCCUUGUCUGCGCCGUUCGGCUCAUCCCUUUGCGCACCGGAGCGGCGCGGUGUUUUCUGUUUUCUCUUUAUUUUAAUCCUCUCUGGACAAAACCUCUGCUCGGUCUGUCAGAGGAUAAACACCAGAGGCAAGAGAGGAGGCUGUGCCAUCACCACCGCCGACAGGAUCCACUGGAGGUGGUGCACGGGACGAUCAUCGGCGCAGGCGAUUCGGUGGAUAAAACCAAAGGAGGGGGUAAACACUACGAGAUGACCAUAGAGUAACCCGGCUGAGGCACACACACACACUGAGACAGAGAGAGACCCCGGCCGCCGGCUACCACCGAGACUCCAGCAUCACCAAUGCGAUGGCAUAGCGGUUUCUGCUGCAAGACUACCAGACUAGACUCAGACCAGCAGGGCUCGCAUCCACCAUGAACCUCUGAAAGACAUCCGACACAGGCACAGAUGGGCAGCGUCACAGGGAAGACGAAGGUUGCAGCAAUAGACUGGCAAAGACUGGUGACAUGAGCACAUGGGAGUAAUUACGGCAUUCAUGUCUUGGACUAGACGUACCUGGGAGUCCCAAAAUCAACAGCAAACACCCUCACGAUGCCUGCGGUUUCUCUGUUUGAUGAAAAUGCGGCGGCACAGGGUGUUCUUGCUCUGCACAGUGGGCCUGUGCGUCAUCUCCUUCCUCCACUACUACAAGGCCCUCCAUUACGUCUCCCUGCUGCGCGAGCUCUCAGCCCCGUACCCCAACAUCAAGUCCUUCAUCAUGGUCACCGGCUUCUUCUGGAGGGAGAAGGGUGUAGGCACCACCCCGCUCAGCCCCGCCUCACCUGAAGAAGCCCCUCCCCUACCCGUCCUCCGUCAACCGGACACCAAAGCUAGAGCUGUAGCGGGCGCUGUGGGAGGGGGAGGAGGAGGUGGAGGAGGAGGAGGGAUGGGGCUGGGGAUCGGCGGAGUUAUGGUUGGAGGUGCUGGGAUCGUUGGCAGCGCAGGGCUGGAGAUGAGGUUGAGGGAGGAGCCGGCGCCCCCUCACCCUUGGGAGAAACCAGAGGAGAAUGAGCGGGGAGACACUCCGAAUGAGGAGAGAGCUGAAGACCACUUGAAGCAGCGGAGCGCCAGUCACCCAGCCCAAGAUGCCGGGCCUGACCUCCCAGAGGUCCCAUUUGUGGAUAAAGAGCACCUGGACGCGUUGCUCAAUAAUCAGUUGCCAGACCCCAUAGAAUCCAUGGGAGACCUCCACACCCGCAAAUUCCAGCUUCAGGAUGACAAAACACCGUACUUUGUCCGAACCAAAGCUGGGGCCCUUUGCUUCAGGCAGGGGACAGAGGUGGCUACCCCAAAGGAGUACUCUGGGAAAUCAGGGGGGUCUGUGGCUAAUGGAGCCGGGGAUGGUGCCCGAGCUGCUGGGCAAAGGAAACCUCUGGAGGUCCAGCAGCAGCCCUCCGUAGCUCCAAAAGCCAAGACGAGGGUCAGGGGCAACGGGAAGCGGCUGGUUAAGUGUGUAUGUCGGCCGGGAUGGCACGGACCUUACUGUGGGGUUCCCACCAUGGUGUACCACUCCAAUUUGCCCACCAAGGAGAGGCUGACGCCCAGAGAGACCCCACGGAGGGUGAUCAACGCCAUCAAUGUUAACCACGAGUUUGACCUGCUGCAUGUGCGCUUUCAUGAGCUCGCACAAGCAGUUGAUGUAUUCCUUAUAUGCGAAUCCAACUUCACUGCCUAUGGAGACAAACGGCCUCUGAGUUUCCUGCGGCUCCUUCUCAAUGGUACGUAUGACUACAUACGUCACAAGAUCCUGUAUGUGUUCCUCGACCACUUUCCGGAGGGUGGUCGGCAGGACGGCUGGAUUGCUGAUGACUACUUGCGUACCUACCUGACACGCAACGGCAUGUCCAGGUUGAUUGGCAUAAGACCGGACGAUGUCUUCGUCAUCAACGACGCGGAUGAAAUCCCAGCACACGAGGGUCUGGUUUUCCUAAAGCUGUUUGAUGGCUGGACAGAGCCUUUUGCCAUCCACAUGCGCAAGUCACUGUACGGCUUUUUCUGGAAGCAGUUUGGCUCUCUAGAGGUAAUAUCAGGCUGCACAGUUGAAAUGCUCCGCGAGGUCUACGACGGCGACGGUAUCAAGCUCCGCCGUCGCGAAUACUACACCAUGCCGGGGUUCCGCAAGUACGAGAACGACACAGGCCAUAUCCUGGUGCAGUGGUCAGUGGGCAGCCCCUUCCACUUCGCCGGGUGGCACUGCUCCUGGUGCUUCACGCCCCAGGGGAUCUACUUCAAGCUGGUGUCAGCGCAGAACGGAGACUUCCCGCGGUGGGGCGACUACGAGGACAAGCGUGACCUCAACUACAUCCGCGAUCUGAUCCGGACGGGGGGCUGGUUCGAUGGCUCCCUGCAGGAAUACCCACCUGCGGACCCCAAAGAGCACAUGUACGCACCCAAGUACAUGCUGGAGCACUAUGACAGGUACCGCUACCUCCUGGAGAACCCUUACAGCAAAAUGUCCAGACUGAGUGAGGGCUAGGAGUUCAGCUAGGAACAGAUAGGUGAAAUAACUAGUAGGACCCAAGUGAGGCCUCAGCACUGAGUUUUGGGGGGCGAAACGGUACUGAUGAACUACAUCUCUCAUUGGAGCAAUACUACAUGUAUCUCCACCAGGCAGCACUGAUGUUGCAGGGACUUAAAAUCUCUUAAAAAUAAUUAUUUUGGGGUCAAAAAAGGGAACACUGAAUCGCAUUCACCAUGGAUUUGCGGAGCGAUCAUCGAGAGGAUACAACCACUGGAUAAACAAAAUCAUAGAUUUCCUCAUUCCUCCCUUUUUGGGGGAGGAGCCAAGCUAUCUCUCUUUUUGUCACCCCACCCCGUCCUCUCUUUCUUCGCCCGAGCCGAUUCCACACGCCUGCUGUCUGAGAGAAAGGGGCCGCUUCGGCGUAAAAAAAGAGGGAUAUUUCGCAGUCCUUAGAAGCCUGUGGAGAAACUUGGAAGUGAAGAAUUGUUUUUUUUCUGUCUGUGUUUACUGAAGUUUAUGGACUGGCUGAUGUUCCCACCUCACUCUUCACCUUCAGAUGUCUUCCUGUCAUAUUUGGUGACCUCCUUCCAGAAACAGACACACGUUCAGAUAUUAUUCUUGGGUCUCAGUAAAAAAGUAUAAAUCCUAUUAAACCCCGCUGGAGUACCCACUGCCAAAUGAAAAGGAAUGACUUGAUGGAGAAGCCUCAGCUCAUGUAUUCUCACUCAUCCACACGCACCUUAGACCUGUCUGUGUGUUUGUAAAAAUGUGUGUGUGUGUGUGUGUGAGAGAGAGUGUGGUCUGUCUUAGUGUCAUAUUGCGAGGUUUUGGGCUGUGAAGGGGGGACAAGAUCAGCAUGAGGAAACAGAAAGCGAGAAAUAAUCACCAGGGGGGCAACAGGGAAGAAAGACAGAAAGCGAGAUGGGAAAACACAGCAAGCGAGACAGAAGGCAGGAAAGAAAGGAGAGUAAUGAGGGAGGAAGAGAGAGGCGAUGAAAAGGAAAGAAAAGGAGGCUCUUUCGAUGUUCCCUUUUCCCACAGUGUCUGCUGACGCACAAGCGUUGCAGGGAUGAGUGUGCAGAAUGUGCGCAAAUGUGUGUGUCCCUCAGAGCUCACAGACAGCUCUGAAUAAAUCAUGCCCUGUCGAUGGCAUCCGAGGCGGUUGAAACUCGCCGUUAUUGUUUGUCCGAUGAGAACAACCGAGGCCUGUUGGGGAAAAGAUCACCCCUCAGUUUCGUCUUUCUGUCUGUCCAGCAGCCGAGAUGACUUUGUUUCCUUGGAAACUAAAGUAUCUGAAAAAGGAGACGGGAUGGGUGUUGUUAAGAUGAGUGGGUGGGUUCACAUCAGGCGAGGAGCUGCAGCGUUCAAACGAGGUCAGCGCCGACUGCGGGUCCCCUCAGUUAAAUAUUCCUCUUCCUCCUCAGCCAUCAAUCGCCCACUCUCUGAAAAUGACUCUCCCGAGCUCUUUCUGUCUCUCUCCUGUCCUCUUUUUUCUUCUUUACGCCGCUAAGUGUCUUUUUUUUCCGUCUUUGUUGUUGGUGUCCUUUUAAUCCUCAUUAGCGAGGCACUUUUUUUUUCUCGUCAAUUCAAUUAUUAGUCUCUCAUUCUCUACCCAUUCCCGUCUCUGUCGAAAUGGUGAAAUCUUCAACUCUUCCUCUAACUUUCCCUCACACACAUGCACACGCACACACACACACACACACACGCACACACACUGGCUCUCAUGCUUCAUUUUGGAUGUGUGUCUAUUUCCUCUUAAUCCUCACAAGAAUUUCUUGUUUAAAUAAUAGGGACAUAUUUAUCUUCUCUCCACAUAAUUCCUCUUCCCCUGUCUCUACAGGACAGGACAGGGCAGUCGUUACCAUGGCAAUGCCUUCCCUGUGCCCACAGAUCACUAUCAUCUGAGCAUUAGGCAUGAGCGCUCAUGCCUCUUGCCUUCUCCCUGCCGUAGUCGGCUGUCAGUGUGGCUAGAUGCCGAAAUCCCCACCCCACCUCGGUUUGGCAGAAGUUGCCGAUGUUGCGGACAAUUUGGCGAGCAUAGUUUUCUCUGCGGGUGUCUCAUGUGGGCUGUGGCCAGCGAUGGGUUGGGUUACACUCUUGUCAAGGGCAAGGGAAUCAUAGCAGCAAUAUUAACAAUUCCUGGGAGCAAUUAAGGGAAAGUAGGAAACUAAACAUGCAGCAGACAGACAAGUCAAAAACAGCAAAGGCUUUGAUUUUUCUUUUAAUUGCAGAUUGACGGCAUUCACCAUCUGCUUCUUCAACGCCUGUUUGGGCUUUACAGUUAUUGUUUACACCAGCUUCAGGCAAGACGCUGUUUCAAAGUGAGCAGUGCCUCAAGAGGACUAAAAAGUUUUGGGGAAGGAAACUUGGUAAAAUGCAGAGGGGUGAGGACAGGACUGAGAAUAUUUUAAAACCUGGAGGCAAAAGUUUGAUGUUGCAGCUUUAAUUUCACGUCCAAACAAACAAGACACUGACACAUAAGUCUAAAAAAGAAAAUGCCUUGAAUGCUCCUCGCUUAAAGUGUCCUUGAGUAAGACGUUGGACCAUAGCCAUCAGUUAAAACCCCCCAAAUGUGUGAUUAAAGACUCAGUGACAGAGUAGCUAACAAAGCUGAGAUCUUGCAAACUUGUGUAAGCAAAUCUGAGUAUGACUCGGUCACCGCGCUGGCUCUUCAUGGCUGUGAGCUCAUAGUGGGAAAAGCAGAUUAGCCAACAGGCCGCUGACAGUUGUGUUGGGUCUGUGCUGCAGCCUCGAUGGCAGCGUGGUCUGCGGCAGCAGCUGUUAGGGGUUUGGUGUUGGUGUUGGGAGCCAAACUCCCAUCCAACCCCAGAGGGGCUGCAGAGAAACAAGCUUUAAAUAGGAUUUGACAUUAUAUGACCGAGGAGACAACAACAGUGCUGGGUGUGAUGCGUUAUAUCCCUAAAUUGGAUUUUCUGCCUUUUGAAAAGGUGAUAAUUGAUACUGAUUGACGGAACAAAAAUGGAACAGAUGAUGAAUUUUGAAGGGAAGGGUAGCAAAGGUAACUUGAGUCUUGGGUUGACAAAGUUGAUAUUGUGCUUUCCAGAGAUGUUAAAUCAUGAAUCCAGGCAGUUAUCCAAAGAGGAAUGGUUGUGAACCACUUUGGAUUUCAUCACUUUGCUUCAGCUGCUUCGUUUUUUUGUGCGAUUCUGUGGCAAGUGGAAUUUAAAAACUGUUUGCAAAACAUCCACUCCUAAAAAUUAACAUUUAGAAAAAUACUUUAUAAGCUUUUUGAGCAAAAAUGUCAUCAAUGAAUGCUGGUAUCAAACUGACCAAAGUAUUGAAGGCUAGGUUCACAUUGCAGGGCUCAAUGCUCAAUUCUGAUUUUUUUUUUCUCCCUAGAUCCGAUCUUUCUCCCUAGACUGACGUGACACAUAUCUGACAUCAGUGUGAAUGUAUCUCUGCCCUUAAAAGCUUCACAUGUAACCAAUAACAUUUUAGUCAUGGGAAACAAAAACGUCACAUUUAAGUGAAAAAAUGAGUGACUUAGCAGUGCAAGCUUUCAUCUCCCAAAUGAUUUGCUGCAGAGGUUGAAUGACAAUUCAUCAUAUGUUGAGCAUGAAGGUCAGAAAAUGAAGGAACGCAAAAGUUGUAGAAAAUGUUAGCUGCUAUUGCUGGUAGUUCUGUGGAUAGAGAAGUGUGGGUGUAGCCAGGAGAGUCAGGAGUGAUGGGCCUGCAGUGCGGAGGGUUUCAGGGAGUUCCUAUCCAACUUUAGGAUGUUCACUAUCUCUGUCGGUGCCUCACCACAACGCUGUCAUGGCAUGUAGGCAAGCUAUUCCCAUCAGAAAGCAUCUGGCAGUCAGGUUCUAGUGGGUGGCGACUGAAGCAGCCUACCGCAACAGAGGUACGGCCUCAGCAGCCUUCUGUAGUUUCAAUGAACAGCUGCGACACUACAUGGUGAGUGAUCUGGGCCAGCACAGUGACGUACGAUGUGGUAAAAACCAUGGAUGUAUGAAAGAAAGAAACACACAUGAAUUCCUACAUGACCAUUCUCACAGGGGUCGCAUGUGUAGCGUCUGGAUAAGUACGGCUCUAGGACCACAUAUGAAAGUGGCCUGGAUCUGAGUGGAUGAAGGUGGAUAACUGCGUUCACUCUACUGUAAAAAAAAAAAAAAAAAAAAAAAAACAGACACGUGACAGCAAAAAAAAUCGUAUUUGAGCCACAUUUGCUCGUAAUGUGACCAUAGCCUAAUUUGAUGUACAAAAAACAAACAGAUCUUACGUACUUCCCUCUGACUUCAGGGCUGUAAACCAAAACCAUGUGCAGGCUCUCCCUGUUUGUCUGUCUGGUGAAAUAAAAGUUCCUAUUCUCAUUUACACGAUGCCACGUGCAAAAAAAAACAAAAAGUUUGUGCUGCAUAGCUCAAAGUCAUCUCAGAAAUGGGGCCACGAGGGUGGCUGUUCAAUCCCAUCAAGGGCCGGGGAGUGUGUUUGUGUUUAAGCUCUGCCAAGAGACAUUUAACCAGAGUUACCUCCCAACUCAGGCCUGCCGCAAUCAGGCUGCACAUCUGGUGAACGGUGUGUGUGUGCGUGUGUGAGUGUGUGUGUGCACAUAUCACUAUGUAUGCUAUGCACUUCCAAAAUCAUGUGUGCACGCAACAGACUGAGUGACUCAUGCCAGAUAAGGGUGUCUGGCCCGCUACAAGCCAGGGUUAAAUCACUCGGCCUGUUGCCCCGUUAUCGUCAUGGCAACACUCCUCUUGAUGAAUUUCUGAGAUCCCUAACAGCCUGAAGUCAUCAACCAAGAUAGCAGACCAGUAGGAUAAGAGGUGAGGGAGAGCAGAGGGAGGAUGAUUGAAGAAAACCACCAAACAGUUUUCUAUUUAAUUCUGCUUACACAACCCGACCUGAGUAAAAAAUGCAAAAACCUCAGUCGCUUUCAGUAAAUGUCACGGCACCGCAGAGCCGAGAAUAGUGACACAGACACAUGCAGUGUGCACCAUUAAACUGCACACACCUCUGUUUUUUUUUCUCGUCGAUUUGACUGACUCACCACAGCAAGCAAACAAUUUGUACGAGAAGCAGAAAAGGUAGACAGAAAAAAUAAAUCUUGAUUCAGGAAUAAAACAUGAAUGGGGAAUAUUUUUCGGACGGAGCGAAAACAAGACAAAAAAGAGAGAGUCGUGGUUAAAUCAGAGCCAAGGCUUGAUGAAUGGAGACUCAAAUCCAAAAAGAGACAGUUUGGAAAUAAUCCUGUCACUGCUGUUCCCUGCGACUGUCUUAUUGGAUGUAGCAUGGUAAUGACAACGGGAGAGAAGGGAGGUAAUAAGCUUGACCAAACAGCUUUGAUUUUUCACUUUGAUGAGGGAAAGUCAUCGCAGCAAUGAAAUGAAAGCUGUCUAAAUGAAGGGAGCAGCUCAUCAUCCCUGUAAAAGGAGAUUUGUAGACCAGUGAAAGCUAAAGCGAAAGCAAGGUUGUGAUCUUGAACGAUUGGAGCGGCGUUCGCUGAGCUUGUUGCAGAUUCAAAGUGUUUGAUAUCCGAAGAGGAGGGUUCUUGUCUCUUGUGUCUUGUCUUGCUCAAGGACACUUAAGUAUUGUGGCCACUCAGCAGAUGUUAAAGCACUGAAACCUGUGACAUUUACAUUCCUGGACAGUCUGACUAAUCGCAGCUCUGGCCUGGUGCCUGCUGUCAUUUCUGUCAUGAUCAGUCACAAAAUCAAUAAAGCAAUAACACACAUGGGAAAGGAAAUAGCUGCAGCCUGUAGUCACAAAAUACCUUGGGGAUGUUACAGCUUAUUUACAGCAUGUUCAGCAUUUUUACAGGGGUGUCAGACAUUAUCCAAAGAAACGAGCUUUGACUGUUAAUUUGAUCAGAUUUUCUCGGGCUCUCUACCAACAAAUGUUCUGCAGUAAACAUGGCUGCUUGCUUCGGGUGAUUGGAACACAGGGAAUAAAUUAAGUGUAAAAUGCUAAACUGUAAACGAGACAGACAUUGCAGACAGUUUUGGAGUUGUGUUGCUAGGAAACAGCUCAGCGCCAUCUUUAUGUCUUUUCAGUUAUUAAUAUAAGCUACAGGAAGCAAACUUUGACCCAUUCUGUGGGUUAAUGUCUGAGAAUGGAGUGGUCUAAACUCAGGAUGUGGGUGCUGUCAGAGGGUUUCUAUACAGGUUGUCUGCUACAUUAUUCUUCAGUAUAUCAGGGCUCUGUCAGUAUGUAGUUAACUGCUGGAUAUCAGCCAAUCAGCCGUUUUUCUUUUCCCUGACUUGAGCUUUAAGCAUAUUUUCUUUGCAUGAAUUCAUAAAUUAGCAACUCACUUUAUUCUUACAGCUGAAGGCUUAAAGGGACACUCCAGUGAUUUAGAAAGGCACUUGAGGGACUCCCAAGACACAGAUUACAAAAGAAUGAUCAAAAUUGGUGCAGCAGAGGUCAAGAUCUCCUCCAAAAAGCCUUGAUCAAUCAUUUCCCAUCACGCAACUCUUCUUGAUUAACCCUCUCUGCCUGGUAAAUGUUCACGUCUGUAAGGGGCCGUACACAUGCCACGUCCUUAACUGCAACGUCAGGUGCUCGGUGCUACUGUUGUGCCUACUUGUGCCAUCUUUCAAGGGCACAGAUGAAGGCAGGUCGCAUCUAAGGUUGCUAAGUGACCAUAACCAGCACUGUAUCACAGUUUACUUACCUGAGUGCAGAGCUGAUUUUCCAGGCAUUGUUUUGUAAGUGUGGAUGAGGCCAAAAAUAUUGUCGGUGGGACAGAUGCAAAGCUCUGGGCAGCCCAGCACUGAAAUCAACUUCUUCCUCAGAAGAAGGGAAAGAUAUCUGCUAUCUGUGAUUGGUUGUUCCUCGUCACAUGACAUGCGAUGUGCACUGCCGCUUUCCAAAAUUUGAACUCUGUUUAUCUCUGGGCGCAGCCGUCACACCCUGAAAAACAGGCGCUUGGGAGCUGUGAUGGCGUCGCUCAGGCUUUUGAGCGCACCUUCCAUGCAUCGUCAUUGAAAACGAUGAAUUUGAGGGCACCAAAAUGCAACACGUGUACGGCCCCUUAACCUCAAUGCCACGACUUUAUAGCACAGGCUUUUUGUUAUAAAUGUGUUGUUUUAGAGCCCUGAUGACAUCAUUAUGACAACAUUGGGUUUAUUUUUUCGAUCUUGACAUGGCUCCUCUAGAGCCACAGGAAACAUUACACGACAGUUGUCACAGGUUGAGUAGUAGUAACCACGCCUAGUAAACUGAAGUGCCAACUUUGACCUUACAGAAUAUUGUUUCCAAAAUCACAAACGUCAGUCUAAACCAAUCACCAUCAGCCUUUAAAACCCUGCUAAUGAUCCAACUCUCUUUUCGGCCAACUUCCUAACCAUCAACACAUGUUCGUAGCGUUCAGCAUGUGUGUGUAUCCUGUACAGAUGUGAGUCUCCAGGGCUGUGUUGCCCCACCACCUUCACCACAGUCACCCCCCAUCUGUUGUUUUGCUUGCAGAGUGGCUGCCUGUCUACGGGGCUUACAUGCCUUCACGGCCCUGGCCCCCCGCCAGCCCUGUGGCUUCCACCGAUUGAUCUUUUCCAAGAAACAUUAGCGGCAGGCAGGCCGGAAAUCAAGGAGGAGGGUGCAGGGGUGUGGAGAGUCACUUUACUUGGGUCUCUUUCUGACUUUGUUGUUCAAGUCAUUUCUUUCUUUUUCCUCUCUUUCCGGUGGCUCCUAUAUGGGUCUGGAAUGUGUGGUAACCUUUAGCAAAACACAAAACAAGUGCCAAGUGUGCCAUCUUGGCAAGCCAAAAACUACUUUUCCUGUAGUUUUGACUCCUCGUGUCACAUAUCACAGUCUUCAUCAGUGGAAGAUUGCAGCUGUUAUAUGCUAAACACCCUCAACCCUUCAAAUCAACGAAUUAAGUUCUCAAAAAUGGGAACCAGAAUACGCCUCCUGUCAGGCCACAGCGACAGAAAGCUGCUGCUGCUGCUGUUGUCUUGGCUGCAAACAUGUUGUUAUUCUCUUCAUGUAAGCGACGGAAAGCAUUCGCAUUCCACAAGCUGAGCGAUCGCAUUAACUCCGACAGCUGCAACUUUGUGUCACCACUGAUUGGAAAGUACUCGGUGUUACUAACCACAAGCAUUGCCCAAAACAAGUGCAAGUCUUUUAACUUGCUUUUUUGUGCUUAGUUGGACUCUAGGGCUGGAUUUGUUAGUAUUAGACUGAAACCUAUCAAUGGUAUUAUAGGGGUCAGUUCACCAAAAUAACAAAACACUUCCCUCUAGUGCUGCAGAAUCCAGCUUUUGUUUUCUAUCAUCCCCUUAUACAAUGGAGGAUAACAGCAUUGAAAAAUGUCAUUUAUUGUCUCUGCAGUUUUUCUUGGAACUACUUUCAACCAAAGUAAUACUCCCUAUGAAAACUGAUGACCGCAUAUUCUGUGGAACAGCCAGAGUCACAGACGCUGUUCCUGGAAAGAGAUGAUGCUAUUGAAUUUUUGUAGGUUUGUGAAAACCACAAGAGAUAUUCUUUAAACUUCCUUUGUACUGGGGUGAAGGCAAAUGUCUCAAAACUUUGCCAGAUCCAACCAAAACUAUCUGCAUGACUAGAAUACCACUAGAGGUAGGUGAGGACAUUUGUGUGAACUCAGCCUUUAAAACGUUAAAAAAAGUACCAGUGAAAAAGAGAAAGCCUCAGAAUGUUGGAUUCUUCCCCCGAGAACUAAAACCUUCCUUUUGUUUAUGGGUCCUUUUAAUGAGUAAAUCAAUUGGGCGCGGUCCAGUUCUGUUCAGUGAAGCAGCCAACUCACGUAAAAGUUCCAUGGAAAAUAAUUUGCCCUAUCACACAUUGAAGUGGGCUCCAAUUCAGCAAAGCAAACACACCAAAUUAGGUAGCAGUGUAGAGGCGGUGUUGCAUAUGAAAUAGUGGAAACUUUAGUAAUGAUGAGCAGGAAACUCCUGUAAACAUGUCACAUUUUGUCCGAUGAACGCGUCUGGUAUCUAUAAUAGCAAAAUAGGAGAGGUGUGAGCGAGUGUUUGUCAGUCAGGGCUCAUAACACGACUAUUUGUGCUCCAGGACAGAUUGUUGGCUUCGGGGGUGGGUGUGGGACCAGUCUGGUCCAGGAGUCCAUAUGUUGUGACACCGCAGAUCAAAAAGAUGAAAGUCAGUGUGGCGCUGCGGAGACAGAUGGACGCAGUGACACAUACUACGUGCGUGAAAAGUCGGGCACGCAGACAGGCCGACACCUGGCUGCAGAUCAGAUGCCAUCAGACACUGGAGGGAAGGGAUGUGUGUUGAAUGUGUGUCUCUUGUUGCGUGCGUGAGACUACACAAUAUGGCCAAAAGUAUGUGGACAGCUGUCAACAAUAUUUUGUGUAAUUUUGCAUGGUUUAAGGCAAGGCCCAUUUGUUGCAACAGUCAGGGUUUAAUAUUACUAUACAGGUACUAUUUAUUAAGAAUUUAAAGGAAUAGUUCAACAUUUUGGGAGAUACUCCAGAAAGUCACCAGGGCUGGACCUGAAUAUCGACUAUUUGGAUUAGAGUCUGCCCAUGCACACACAUCACACAUUAACAAGGCUAACUGUUAGCAUCACACGGCUAACUUUAACGAGUUAAAUAACAGAGUCAAGCCAUUUCGGCGUUGGUGUGAGUUUGUUGGAACCGUUAAACAACAGCAGUGUUGUCAGAUGUUAGCCGCUGCUACCUUGUUGGCUCAUGCUAACCGGGCAGACGUUGAUCUGACCGUUUGCCGGGAAGAAAGCGGCUCCUGAGACGGUCUCCUACAGCGUUGCAUCUAACCUGUGUAGCAGAAACAUUGUGUUUUGUAAAUAUGAAUCUCAAAUACUAAAUUGGUUGCAGUUAUUAUGGUCAGAUUUGGAGUCUAUUGUGAUGACUCCCAUCCCGGCAAAAGCUUCAGAUAUUCGCUGCUGAUUACUACCAAAGCUCCAAAAGAUGCUACAUACUGCUACCAGCCAGGAAAUUUGUCUGGUUUAUAGCCCCAAUACAACAUCCAGAUAUUAUUUUUUACAAUUCAGCAAUCAGUUUUCUUGGCAAAAGGACGAAUUUCCCAAAAUGUCAGACUUUCCCUUUACCACUCAGCACCUUUUUAACUGCUUUAUCAGGACUUUGUGGGCUUGCUUUCAUUAGAAUUGACCGACAAUGAUCAUAACACCCACCAGCUGUCAUCAGAUUCUGAAUCAGAAGCGGCUAAAUCCUGAUUGCUGCUUUUUCCGUCUUUGUAAUUAAGUCACGCCCCCUGCAAACCAGCGGAAGAGCAGGGACAAAAAAGGAAAACAGAAAAUUCAUGUGAAACAGCCAAAACUGCUCCCACUUUGGCAGAAUAUACUGUGUCCAUGCAGGAUCCCAUCACUCAUAGUAAGAAGUUGAUUGCGAACAUAUGUUUUCAAGGCCUUUAAUGCUACAGCAUACAGUGAUAUUUUAGACUACUGCCAACUCUGUGGCAACGGUGGGAAACCUUUUCCUGUGUCAACAUGACAGUGCCCCCAUGGCCUGAGUAUGGUCCAUAAAGAUGUGGUUUUCUUAGUUUGGUGUGGAGGAGCUUGACUGACCUGCAUAGUGCACUGACAUUAACCUCACCCAACACCUUUGAGAUGAAUUAAUUAAUGCUCCUGUGGCUGUGUUGGAGAAAAUCACUGCAGCCAGGUUCCAAAUUCUUGUGGAAAGCCUUCCCAGAAGAGUGAAGCAGUUACAGCAGCAGAUGAAUGUCCAUGGUUUCGGAAUGAGACGUUCAACAGUCACAUAUGGGUAUCAUUUUCAGGUGUCUGCAUACUCUUGUCCAUUUAGUGUGUUUAGUCCUUUUCUGCGUGCAUGUGUGUGGUCUGCUUUGUAACUUGAGCCUACCUGCAAUUCUCAGAAACUUGCCGUCCCCAAGCAGCCCAACCUGAAGUGAGACAGAGGCAGAGAAAGAGAGGGUGACGGGGUUAGAAUAAAGAGGCAAACAAAGGGGAGGGAAAGAGGGCGAGAGCGAGCCUCUAGAGGGGUUUGAAUUCCCCGCAAUCAAAAAUGGAGACAGAGAUGGAAAGAGGGAGUGACUGAAUCUUACAAUCACAGAUUUCCCACAUUUAUAGCCCCCACCGUUUUUGGGUUUGGUUUUGUUUUGCACUUGUGCUUUUGUGUGAAGUCAAUCAAUUCUGUUUUAAUUAUUGUUUUUGGUGGGAGUCUGAGAAAAAGAGAAGACACGAUGAUGACUUUUUUUUUUUUUUUGGCCCUCUGUUUUUCUAUUUAACUUUGUUUUUGUACAUUUUUUUUGUAACUUCAUCCACUUGGCAGCUUGAUAUUUAAUGUCUUUUUAAGGCGGUGUGUGUAUGUGAGUAAAUGUGUAUGUAUGUGUGUGUGAGUGUGUGUGUGAGCUCAUAAGCACUGUCUCAGCCUACUGCCUGAAAAGACUUCCACUCCACCUCACAGAUCUUUUACCUCCUUUGAUGCCAUAAAGGGGACUUCAUACUGUGGCAGCCAUCUUGUUUGCGCUCUGUAACUUUUAUUUUGUUUUGAUGACAUCAUCUUUUCCUUGUGACCUUAACAACAUCACAUAACCACUUGUUUUGCUUUUUUCUAAAGUUGCUUUUUUGUUUUGAUGUUUGUUUGUUUUUAAUAAGAAGAUGUAAUUAAUUUUCUCACCUUCACACAUGCAACUCACAGGGAACAUACACAUCUACAUAUACAUACAUGCACACAAACACACACAGUACAGUCUUUGUUUUUUUGCCGUGGUCUGAUUGUGGCCGUGUCCUCUACUGGUACAACAGUCAGACUACUGUAGCCGCUCUGUUUGCGCCCUCGCUGUUAUGUGAUCGCUAUGAAGGCUCGCCAUUGUGUGACCAAAAACCAUUUUUGUCGUCGCUCAGCCACUCAGAACCGGUUUGGGCCAGAGAGACCAGACCUGAGAGGAACCCAGGAUGCAGUAAAUAAAUGGCCAUUUUUGCCCUCGUCUUUUGUUUACUGUUCUGUGUGUGUCUGACAGCAAAAUGGUGCCGGUUUGAUGCUCUUUUCUGUUGUUUCUUUUUUAUCUUUUAUCACUGAUAUAGUUUUUUUUCCCUCCAAACAAACAAAGAUGUCAAAAAAAAAAAAAAAAAAAAAGAAAUUAUGAUUUCUUUUGGAAAAAGCUUUUUAUUUGAGUUGCAUGCUGAUGUGCAGAUAGUACUUCUGCCUGUAAAACUAUGAAUUGCACCUUAUUGGAGAGAUGUGUUUUUGUUUUUGUUUUUAUGAGUACAUAAAUAUAUAUAUGGGGGAUGUAUCUGUUUUUAAUUUUGUUAAAAGGUGUAACUGUUAGCUAGUCAGGCAAUGUAUUGUAUCAUAAACAGGGUUAUGUUUUUUAUUUUUUUACGCCUGUUAAUGCAGGUUCCAUCAUAAAUGAUUCAGUCACUGAUGUUUGUUGUGGGAAGGCUUCAUUAAGCAGCGAAAAUAAGCUGGAGACUGAUGAACAUGCAAAAAGUCCAACAGACUUCCUACAGUGGAUUGUGAUUCAGAUUUAAAGGUCCAGUGUGUAGAAUUUAGGGGCUUCUAUUGGCAGAAAUUAUGUUUAAUAUUAAUAACUAUGUUUUUGUUAUGUUAUGAUCACCUGAAAAUAACAAUGGUUGUGUUUUUGUUCCCUUAAAAUAAGCCAUUUAUAUCUACAUAGAGAUAGUACCUCCAGGAUGUUGCCAUGGUGUGGUCGUUACAGCUAAAGCAAAUUCAGCCCAUCCCAGUAAAAAACCCAUCUGACUAUUUAAAACAGAUGAAAUGUCAUUUCGUAGAGCUGUCUCAUUCUCUCUCCGUUUAUCAAACAGAAUGACGGGGACAACUGUUAGCAUCACACAGCUAAUGUUUCCCAAUGGUUAUUAACGGUUUUAACGACAGAGACGAUCUGUUUUGGUGUCCAUUUAACAGCACAGUGUUGGAUGUUAUAGCUGCUGCUGCUGUGUUAGCUCGUGCUAACCGGGCAGAGACAGCAGCAGGAGAGUGCAUCACCGAGAUGGUACUUAAGCGCUGUUUUGAAAUCCUGGAGGGACUCACACAGAGUGGAUCUUUUUCCACGGAGUCCCCCAUGUUGUUCUACAGUAGCCCAGAAUGGACAAAUCCAACUGGCUCUAGAUAGGGCCAUCCGCGUUGGCCACCAUACACGCUUGACACCCUGGAUGAGUUUAGUUCUGCAACCUCAAAGCCAUAUCCCACUAAAUCCUCCACACUGGACGUUUAAAAAGAAAAACAUUUUAAAAUCUUUACUUUAUAUAGGCUAACUAGAACUUCUGUGAGAACAGAUUUUAAAAUGAAGUGGACUUUGGGGUUCAAAUUGGGUCACAAAUUACAAUACAAAUACAAACCAAACACAGUGUUGUUCCAGGAAGUUUGAUGGGGAAGAAAAUAGAUGACAAAACCACAAAAACUUGUUUCUCUACAGACUUUAUAACAGAAACAGGUUUGCUUCGUUGGUUCAGACAAAAACAUCCUGUAAUGAAGACAAGUGUGACUGCCUGGCUAAUUGCUGCUGCUUAGUGGAGCCUUGUCUACAGACACACACAAAACACACACACACACACACACACACACACAGGCUUGUCCUUACAACCACUAGGAGGCAUCCUGCUUGUCCUCUCAUACAUCACACAAACACGACUUCAGCCUUCCGUCCAUCUUGUCCUUGAAAAAAGGACAAAUGACUAACAAAAGACACCAUGUUGCUUAGACACAUUUUCACACACACACACACACACACAGGCAAAUACACACACACACACUAACAAUAAGGCUUUGGCAGAUGACUGGCACCAGGCAUGGUGCUGCCACCCGGUCUCACAUCCCCAGGGCAGGGUGCUGUCUGCAGCCAAUUAACCAACAGGGCCGGAUGCCAGGUCCAUAUCCAUCUAAUCCUCUCCACCCUCCCGCCACGUUGCCAGAUUUAGCCCUCCACUCUUUACGCAGACUUUGUUGUGUUUAAAAAAAUAAGGUUUGCAAUGUGAGCGGGAUAAUGAAAGUAGGUUAGAUGACUCGGGUGUGUUUUUUAUUGGGUAAAAUCCUGUUGAAAACGAGCAGGUUGCAACACUUUGUGCUUUUUUUAGUCGACCUAAAUGAGAUUGGAGAGAUUAGUAGACUGGUUAUGCCUAUUCUGAUCCAUCCUUGUCUACAAAUGGAAAAACACAUAACAUACAAAAAAGCAUCCCUACCUGAGUAGCUAACAAAAAUGUUCUUAUGUAGCCUGCAAACCACAAACCAGUCGCUCCUUUUCAAGCAUUUGAAAAGCUGUCAGAAAAGGGCAACGCAAGGAUUAUUACCUUUUUAUUUUUGACACAGUGGCUACAUAUGAGCGUACGUCAUUACAUAUUGUGACAUGUACCAUAACACAACCUCUGUCCCCUGCCUCCCUCUGUCCCCCAUGCACUGAUAAUGAUUGUAUAUGGUCGCAUAGUUUUAUUUUUUAUAUCAUUGUUAGGGCUUAAUUUUGUUUCUGGGGUCAUUUAUUAUUUUGUGCUGUUUUGUUUGAGAUAGUUUGAUGAGUCUCUGUAAUUGGUGUGCAGGAGAGUGCGUGUUUGUGCGAGUGAGAGUGUGUGUGUGUGUGUGUGUGUACUGUAGCUUACUGAAUGUGUGUAUGAGAGGGGACAGAAGAGAGAACGACUGGGUGUGUUGUUUAGUGGCUCGGUGUUCAGCUCCCAAUGCACAUCAGCCCUUUGCCUGUGUUCAUCAUUGUGCCAGUGUGUUCAGGUGUUCCCUUGCCUCUGCAUCCGUUCAUCCAAAUGAAGAGAGAGAGAGAGAGAACGGGAGAUGAGGAGGAGGAGGAGGAGGCAGAGGGCCUUUUCCCUCGGGGAAAAAAAACACAAAUGAGAAAAGAUACUUUUGAAAAAAGGAUAUUUUUCUCCUCUGCGGGGUCACAAAGAAGAGUGUACAUUUCUAAGUUAAUUGAAAAUGAUGAAUAAAAAAACUCAUUUGUUCUCUAUAUGAAUGGCUGUAUGUUAACCAUGAACAAAAAGUAAUGAGUUCUAUGACAAAGACAUAUAAUAAAUUAAUUUUAAAAUUUUAA